GUAUUGCGUACUUGCAGGAAAAGAACCUUAAAUAACGUGCACCUUUCAUAUCAACGUGUUUGAAAAUAGCGCAAUUUCACUAUUUGAUUAUAAUAAUAGUGGAUACCUAACUAUUUUCCGAGUUUAAUCAAUAUGGAAUCUUUUCUCUCAGAACACCAAACUGUUUUCAAGACCGAUUGCUGUAAACAUAACGCCAGCUUUAGAAAGUGAGUGAGAAGUGCGAACCGCUCCUCCCUCAGUCGUUUGUAUUUAGCGCCUGUCUGAAAUUUUAAAGACUGAGAGGAACAGACGGCAGCGCGAAUGUGUGUUGUUCUCCUGGAGCAGGACAAAACAAAAAUAAUAAUAAACAAACAACUUAUUAUGCAAUAAGACUGUUUUAUGUCAAUCAAGAAGAUAUGAGCCUAUUGCUAGGAACCGAAAAACACUACGACGUUGCCCUCGGGAAGUUGGCAGGGUGGUAGAGCUGCUGAGCAGUCACUGAGGGCAAUUGAACAAAUGUUUUGAAAUUAACCCUUGAAGUGAUGGAAGGUGCCAUCGGGCAAAUUAGUAGAUCUUGGGACAGUAAUGUCCUUUUGUAUACACCAUGUUCAUCCUCAGCCGGUUCACAACCAGAAGAUGGUAAUGGCAUCUUGCAGUGGGUCAAGGGGCCAGCCAUUUCUACCCCAGAUAUCUCAGAGAGAGAUGCAGCAUCUCCAGAUCUGUAUAGCCCCAUUGGUGACCAGCAUUCAGCUGUUUAUAAUGGACAGGUACUUCUAACUGUUACAUCAAACUCUUGCUGGCUUCCCCAGUUUGACCUGGAGUUGUGUCGAGAGCAGCUCGCUCAGAAUGGGAUACAGAUUCCAGCCGUGAACCUUAAUCCUCUUCGGAGCUUUCUUGAGCAUCCUCAAGUCAAGAGAUACCUGUUGUUUACCUCAGGAUAUUUUCAGCUCUUUCUUGCACCAGUGCUGUAUUCAGUCAUUUGGUGUGGGCUAUAUUCAACUGUUCACAUGUAUCUCAACAACAUCUAUGGAAGCUUUUUCUGGCUUUUCAGUCUGGCUCUCAGUAUCAUCUCUCUCAUCUUAACUACCAUUGUGCUGCUAAUUCUCAACAUGCAUAGCCGUCAAAUUAAUAUCAAUACUGAUGUACGGCUAAUUUAUGCAAAUGAAAUAUUGUGCAGUCACAAAGUCCUUGCUGGGAUUUCUAACACAAUCUACAGAUGUUCCAGCAUUCAUCAAAUUUUCUUUGUCUACUUUGACCUUGUUGACUGUCAUCGAAGGUUAACUAGUCUCCUGGAUGAAAUGAGUUUACAUGGCUCUCGACUCCAGUCAAAACUACAGAAAAAUCUCUCACAUCUAAAUCUGGUUACAAAAGUCUCCACCAAUGAGUCCAAGCGGUCAGAGACUGAAGAAUCAGAAGAUACUCCUCUGCUUUUCAGUGAUGGUAACGAAGCUGGCACUUCUUCCACAACUGUCCAGAACACCAAGAAGAAGGUGCCGCAGUUCACAGUAGUCAAGAGCAUUGUGCCUACAGGGUCUGCUGAGGAAAUUGCUCAUCAGCUGCUUGUCACCUUCAGUGCUGUUUAUGUGAAACUCCUUGUGACUCUCCGACUUCCUGUGCCUCAGCACACUUUGCACACACAGAGAGCUGGGACAGCAUGCAUCUGCCAGUACAUCGAGAGCUGUGUGCUACGUUAGGAUAUCAUCAGAAGAGACAGGUGGAAAAUAAUUUUCAAUCAGAUGGGCCACAGUGAGAGUAAAUGAUGUCUAUAAUGGGAUUUCACGGUCAUCUUCUUUUGAAACCCUGGAAGAUGGGCAGAUGUGUUAAUUAUCUUGCCAUUCUCUGACUCCUGCAUCAGAUGGAGAGUGCUGUGGAGCUAUUAUGAAUGAAUUCUUCUAGAAAACAUAAUUACUUCUACAGUCAGCAGUGCCAUUUACAUAACUAUAUGUAUAAAGUUUGUAGCUAAGUAUCAUUAUUCCAAGAACACCUCUUUUUCUACAGAUAAAAAUGUACUAAAUGUACUGAACAAAUGAAAUGAGUUAUGGGACCCAAAGCACUAAAUCUAGAAGCGCCUAAUGCUAAUGCAGGAGCAUCAUUAGUUUACCUACUGUUUCUUCUGCUGGCCUCAGAGGAAUAGCAAUAUAGCUUUUGAUAAAGGAGUAGUGUGUCAUUGUAGUAGUGGGGCAAGGCUGUGAUUUCUAAAGAGUCUUUCUUUUAGGCCCAGCCUGGAUAAAAAGGUAUGAAUUUUGGACUGGCUGGCAUUAAAAUAAAAAAGAUCAAGCUGAUCACCUUUAAAAGUAAAUUCUACAUCGGACGACAUUAGGCACGGUCCCAGAACACUGGCAUAGAUGUUAGCAAGAAAAGUGGUUGGGCAAAUAUACUUUAAUGACAGCAGUCCUUAGGAAACUCAGAGUCUGACAAUGCAUAGCUGUCAUCAUCUUUAAUUGCUUAUGUUAGAACUUCACAUGUACUUGCAUACUGCCUAGAAGUUAAAAGAAAAUAGAAAUUAACCUUCAUCAGCAUAUCGCAAGGUUACAGAACAAAAUGGCAAGAGGAGAUUUCACUAGAAGUGUUUUUUAAUUGCCAUCAUAUUUCUUCCCUGUGGCAAUUUUUCAUUGAUGAGGUUAUGGAAAAGAAAAGUCAUCUCCUUGACCUUUUAUGUGAUUCAGUAAAAAAUCACUCCAUAUACCCUGCAGAGCCUCAUUUGUCACUUUUUCAUUUUACUGGUAAAACAAAUUUACACUAUUUUUCAAUAGGUUCACACUAUAUUCCAGUUUUAGCUUAUGAACAAUCAAAAACAUAAACUUCAAAGUACUAACAAUAAUAAUAGAUUUUUGGAAGAGUGCUUUCUUUUAUUGAAGUUCUAUUUCAUUGAUUUAUGGUGUUUUUUUGCACUGGGCAUCCAUAUCCUUUAAGAAGUGGAACAGCAGAUGUUGUCCACACAUUGACCCACAUACACCCACUUCACUGCGUGGCCUUUCAAAUGUUUUAUAGAGAGGGAGUGCAGCAUUCUCUUCAUUCUGAUGGUUUUUCCAAUAAAUGAACCCAUGAAAAACUGCAUUGUAGCUUUUUGUGUUUAUAACUGUUUCAAUUUGAAUGUCAAGCAUGGUGUCUGAAGCCUCAUUUAAAGGACACAGUCUGUUAUCUUACUAACAGAAUGGCAGUGUUUUUCAGCAGAUAACCCUGACAAAUUCUUCCCGUCUUCAAUUAAUUCUGCUCUUCAUUUAUAAUUAGCUGUUAUCCUAGAUGUAUCCUGAUGCACAACUAAUUUGUAUCUGUAACACUUUCUGCUCCCACAGAUGGCCUUGUUUUUGCUUUUAGGGGAAUUUCUGUUCCCCUUUAAAUAUUCCACAAAAUGAAAUUAUUAGAAUGGAGUGAAUGAUUCCAGUAAAGAUCUCUAGUAUAAGAAAUACACUAAAAAAUCCUUAAAUGAACUCCAGAAGGAUGCUGCAAAACACAUUAAAUAACGUGAUAAAGAAAUCCAACCACAGCAUCCAGAUGGUGCAAAAACUGUCACUGUAUCUGCUAGGUCGUAAGAAUGUGUGCUACUUUAUUCUUGUUCAGACUCCAGUUUGUGAUUUUUGUUCCAUUCCUUGCUAGACUAGGCAGGCAAGAUUUGGGCGUGCCUACUUUUUGUUAAUUAACAAUAUCCUUGGUUUCUUGGAAGGUUCCAGAAAUACGUAUUUUGUUAAUUUCUUUUCUGCUAAAAUAUUUUUAAACAGUACAUAGAUAAAAUGUAUGAUCUGUUUGACUUAAAUUUUUCCUGAACUGAAACUUUCAUGAGGAAAGCGAUUUGAUGAGGUAAUAUCAUGCAGAAGACAAUGAGCAAGUCCCAGAGCACACUCACAGAAACACCCUCAUACUGGAACAAUUUAGAAAUGCUAGCUAACAAUAAAGCACAUGUCUAAGAAAACAUGCAUGCAGUGGUCUGACAAAGCCUAAGUCAUUUUAGACAAUGCAAUGAACCACUGCAUUAACACAACACCCAUGUUCACUUUUUACUUUGUUCAUUUCUCCGUAAGUCGAGUAAGAGUGCAGCAGACUGGUAAAAUGGAAAAUAAACACUAAAUUGUAGACCAUCACAGUACUAGUAGAUUAGGCAUAUUGAGUAAGGUAAAAGUCAGGUGAUGGUGAAGGAAAGAAAAUCUGUAGUUUUCUAUAUAUUUUGGACAAAUAUUCACAAUUUUCAUGAAAUAUGACACACUUGGUCAUCAUUGAUUUCCAUUCCUUCCAUACUGUGAGAGACAGACACUGAUGUAACAGUAGCUGAUCAUCUUUAUUGACUGGAGGAAUGCAGAAUUAAUAAUUUGAUCUUGUUGUGAUUUCUUUGAAAGAUGAAGGUCUUUUUUUGUAGAACAUACCUCUUUCAUAAUCUUUUUUAUUGAGGUUUCAAAGAGUAUAUUACAUAUCUCUUUAUUUUUAGUUACUCAGUUUACAUGGCAGUCAACCUCCCCCCUUCCUAAAAACUGUCAGUCUGAAGACAGCACUAAAAUGAAAGUCCAAAGCCGUAUUUGAACAGAAUUAGAUUUACAGCAGGAGGGGCAUACCGUGAAGUCCGACCCACAUUAGCAACCCUUGCUUGUAGCAACAAUAUGUCCGUUUGCACCUCCCCCGGGGAUGCCUUCUGCUUUUCUAUAUUUUAUUUGUCAGCGUACCUUCAGAACUUAGAGGGGAUAGCCCACCACUUUGUCAUUCAGCACACACAACAAGGAGUACCAGCAGUUCUUUUGUUUACCCCUGGAUAAAAUACUUGUUAGUGGAGGACCUCUGUAAUUUCAAUAUCAUCUGUAUCGCUCCAGUGAUGGGAUUUUUCUGAAAUGUUGAUUUGAGCAAAGAUAGUUUAACCUGAGGUUAUUUUUAUAAACUUAAUUUAUAGAAGGUAAAAGGCUCAAUAAUCUUUACUGAGAUGUGAAGGCUCAGUCCGUAAAAAGUUACUGACAUUAAGUGGCUCAGACAAAACUAAAAUUACAGUAGUCUUCCAGUGGUAAUUACUUUCCCCACCUCCUGGUGUAAAACUAAUUCAGUCUGAAUGGGACUUAAGACUUCCAAAGAGGUACUCAAAAGGAGGAGUAAAGCCUGACACGUUUCUGCAGGUUUUUUUUCUUGUCAGGAAGUACAGUCAUUCUUUAAAAGGGAACUUCUGUAUUCUGUUUUUUUCUCACUGUUAGUAUGCUGCUGACAUGACCUCAGAGAUUUGGUUUGUGAAGUGACGCUGUUUUUAGUAAUUUUAUAAAUAAAAAAAAAAAGGCCUCUCUUCUGGUCUGUGCUCAGCAAAGCACCACAAAAUGAGGAUAUUAAAAUAAAUAUGUGAAGGAGAAUAUAAUUAUGGUGACAAUCUCAGAAACUAAGUGUUUGAAUAAGCAUAUACUGUGUAUAAUUAUGAAAACUGUCUGAUUAGGAUUUGUACAUUACCAUUUUUUGUUGACUAGUCCAUAAAAUAUCAUUUCAUUCUACUUGUCUUCUUUUCAGCACCUCAUUCUCUAAAGCCCCUUUACCUACUUGACUCCACUAACGACUGGUUUCCUUUGAUGAAGGAUAUAAUAUGAGCAUUGUAUGCCCCCACACAACAAAAACUCUAUCCACCCACUUCAUACUCUGCUUUUCCUGGUCAGUUAAAAGAGUACAAUUAUUGUGACUCCAUGGACUGAACUGCAUGUCCUAAUUAUGGAGUAUUUGAAUUAUUACCCCAGUCCUGCAUAUUGGCAUAUUGAUAGUAAUAUUUUGAAUUAGAUACCAGAAGGAAGGGUUGUCUUUCAUUGCUUUUCUUAAUGAUUUAUUUCCUUCGGUUCUCAUUUGUAGCAAAAUGUAGAGUGGGCAAGCCGGCACAUUGACUGGACUGACAGAGUGCUACUAUUUAUAGCUGGCCCACUUCCUUCACAUUUAAUGCUGGCAUCAGGAGGUUUGUGUUGCCAGAAGGAAGGCCUGUGUUAUAAAACAACUAUUGCAACUGUGCUGCACUGGCAGAGGAGGAGCAUGUUAACCUGUCUCUGUGCCACAGACCUAUUCAAUUACUGUAUGAAACUUAUUCAUACAGCUAAUUUGUGUGCUGUAAGGAGAGUGGAGCCCUCUGUUUUUGCCCUGAGCAUAGUAUCUAUGAUGAAUGUGGUGCACUUUAUUUUGUUUUCAAGCUGUGCUGAUUUAAGAAUUUAAAAUGUUCAGUAGAUACCUGAGAUAUCUGCAGAUCAGCAAACUAGGCUUCUUUGAUUAUCUGAUGUAGCUCAGCUAACUGUUUCUAGCUUGUGGUGAAACCAAAAUUGGAAGUGAUGUGAUGAGUGAAAUGAAUAAUUGCAGCAUUAGAAGAGCCACUCAUAUGCCCCCACGGUGUUCCAUUAUGGACUCUGAGGGUCCCUUCCCCCAACAGACUGACACAUUCAUCCACUGCAUUGCAGUGUGUUAUACUGUAUGUAGUACUAAAUGAGGAAGAAGCUUUGCUGUCAUAUUUUAAAUGUUACCAAAAAGUGCACAACAAUUUGAACAAUAGCAAAAUUUGGCAUGGGGGCUACCAUUGCUCUGUGGCAGUAAAGGCUAGUCUUCUGUUCUUAGUCUUUGAACUGACUAUAUAAAUGUAAACUGUUAGUGAUUUCCUUGCCCCCUUGUAUUACUUGUGGUAAGUGCAAUGGAAUGAGGGAACAGAGACUUAAACUGGGUUAGGAUUGUAGAUCCUUUUGUGCUCUUAUAAUUCAGAACAUUACAGUAAAGCUAUCAUUAGACUGAAACAAUUCAUGAACCUUUGUAACUUGUAACCCUUGACUGUCAUUCUUUGUACUUUAAUAAUUGUUGCCACUUGUAAUUUAUCUCAUUGAUUAGUGCUCAAAUAUUUAUAUAUGUUGCGCAGACAUUUGAGGCGUCUCCAGAGUUUACCAGUUCUUGUUUACCUUUUAGGCAUGAAGAACACUUACAAUCGCAAACGUACAACAAUAUACCGUUUGGUCUCCUGUAUCUUGGGGGCAAGAGCUGUGUUACGCAUACAUGUCGUUAAUUUGAGCCCAUUAAAUGUUGGAGUGAGACACUGUCAAUGGUGUGUCUUGUCUCCGCUAUUGUUCAUCAUUUUCUUUGACAGGAUAUGAAAUUGCAACCAAGGUUUGGAGAACAUUGAAUUUGGUUUACCUCUGCUGUAUUCAGAUGAUGGUGUCUGGCCUCUUCUGUGCACAUUGAAGGUGGUUGCAACUAAGUAUGAUGAAAAGUAGCACCUCCAAAGCUGAAUCUACAAUUCACCUUUCAGAAUAUGUUCUCUUUCCCCCGUCAGGUAAGGAGUGAGCAGCUUUCACACUUGGCUUUCACACUUGGGAUCUUGUUCACAAGUCAAAUUAGAGAUGAUGACCAGAUUGACAUUUUACUGACAUGUAAAAUUGACAUUUAACUGGGAGGGAAGUCCUUGGAUGAAGGUUUUUGAUUUACUGGUUAGUCUGCAUCCCCGUUUUGACUCUUGGCUUUAGGUAUUGACCAAAUGAGACAGUGAGAACAAGCAAUGAAAGUGAGGUUGUUUUAUAAUGAUGCUGUACUCACUAUGAUUGUUACCUCAGAGUAGAGUAUCAAAAGGAGCCAGUUGAGGUUGUCAUGUGACUAGAUAGAUAGAAUGGCCUCAGCAUCUGCAAAGUUCUAUCUGUCUGUCUAUCUGCCAUAGUCAUAUCUGACCAGUAAAUGGAAGAGACUUGAUUUUCUUUUCUCUUAUAGAGACAUUUCUUGAUAAUAAUGGCAAUCUCAAACUCAAACUUUUCCCCAAAAUUUACAUUUAUUUGUGUUUCUGGGGUUAAUAAAGGUGGCUGUCUGUACUGGAGCACUUUAUGCUGUAAGAAAAUUUCUCUGUAUUUUUCUACAUUUGAAUUUCCUUCAGCGAAUCUCAGGGUCGAUCAAACUGUUCUAAUGCUUGAUAUUUGUUGUCCACCUAGGCAUUGCUUUGAUGAAUGCGAGAAUAUGAUUUGUAAAAUGUUCAUCGCUUUUGACUAUGUUUUAAUUACUGGUGAUAUUAUUUUUCAUAUAUAUGUGCUCUCUAUCCCUGUAGUUUUUCAGGCUUCAGACCUACUUUGAUUUUACGCUGUACGUUUCUAGCCCAGUACACAAACACAGCCAGACCUUGGAUCUUAUUUUAUUAUUUAUGACAAAUGUUAUUCUUUGGAACUUUUUCUUUGUCUUUGUUAUGCUGUUUCAUGUAAAACACUGUAAAAAGCUUUGUAUAAAUAAAGUUUUUAUUAUUGUUAUUAUCUCUCUAAAAA